AUGAAUACCGUAUCGGGUUUACAAUCCGCCCUUCGAUUAUACAACUCUGAUAAGAUCAAAGAUCGUUCUCAAGGUGCUGAACAUGUCCGAGAGAUAUUCUCUAAUCCUGAGAACCUUCUAUCCUUUCAGGAAUAUGCAGCCAGGGAUAGCGGAGCAGGUUGGAUAGCUCUCUUCCAAUGUAUGUUCCAAGUUGUCGUCCUGGAGAAGAAAGUUACCACUCGAAGAGAUGCAAAAACUUCCACAUUACAAGCUGAGAAAAGAUUGGCAGAUGCUAUUUCCCUCGUUCGAUGGAUGACAGAACGUUCAGUUCAUCUCAUUUCGAAAAAACCUUUCAUGACUCUAUUCAGUCAUUUGGUUUCUCUUCUCGUCCACGGUACAUCUUUAUUUCAACCUUCAUCUCUCGAUUAUGCCAAAGCUCUCAAUAAACUUCUCUCUUAUCCGCCUCAUCUGAACGGGUUGGAUCAAGAAAGUCUGAAAAUGCUCUUGGGCAUAUGUUGGGCGGUGAUGCUCAACGAUGAGAUCUCUGUGGAAUUCGAAUGGGAAGAUGAGAAGAUUGAAGAGAUUGAAUUAGAAGAAGGAAGAACGAACACACUCAUCACUCAAAUGGAUUCGAGUGUUAGGAAUAGACCGACAACAACUCAAGCAAAAGCGGAAUUAGCAUUACUCAUUCCUAUUUUACUUUCCAGUCCUUCAGCUCCUAUCAUACCUCCUCUUCCGUCAAUUGGAACAGAUAAAGAGGGUGGAAGUAUCGGUAAUACAGUUUUGGUCAAGAUACAUCGGUUCUUCUUACAGAAUCCAAUUGAAACACCAUUGCAUCUACCGAUAUUACGAGCGUGUGACAUCGUCUUAGCGGAAUUCGAGUUCAAUUGUAGCAAAGAGAUGGUCGAUAUGGGAAGAAAGUUACUACCACAUUUGGUCACUCUCUGGGGCACGAGAAACAAGGUACUGCGAGAACAAUUAGUCAUCACUCUCAGAAUCCUUCUGCCUUUCGUGACACAUUCUUCAUUGAACGGGGGUUAUGACGCAGGAGAUAUGAGGGACAUUUUGGGAAAAUUGGCGGAUGGAUUGGCUAAAGAGACGAGUAAUAGGAAUGGUAUACAACCAUUGGACCUCAACGUUAUUCGAUUGCAUACACCCUCAUGUCUGUCCGCGAAGUCUCAUCCUGAGGGAAAUUGUCAGCCCUUCGAGACGAGCACAAUGACGGCUGGAUUCGACUUCUCACAUGAAUGCGCUAUGAGCUGGGUCAUUCUCGAGCUAUAUGCGGAUUGUGUAAUCUUUACAGCUGAAGCAAUACAGCUGCAUGUUGGACAAGUCUAUUCCAUUUCAGACUCUUCUGAACCUGUUUUCAAGCGACGCAGAGUGGAGACUGUAGAUCCCAUCAAUGCUCUCCUCUCCGGUGCCCAGACGGGAAGCCCUGCUUCCAAAUUGCUCUGUCUGCAAGUGGUCAUCUUCUUACUCGAACGACACUCUCAUCAGCUUUUACCUGCUUCCAUGAAGGAGAUCCAAGUGACUUUGAUCGAUCUCCUCGACAACCCCUACGAGCCCUUACAAGCGUGGGCUUUCGUUGGACUUUCCGCACUUUGUUCAAUUAUCACGACUCCCUCGUCAAUGGACGACGUCCCCCCAUUAUCUUCCGUUUCUCUUCCCCAUCAGCCUCAAGUCAACUCUGAGGUCUUCACGCGCAUUUGGACACAUGCAAUAAGGAAAAUCUCUCUUGUAUCCAUCUCAAGGACAGCUUGUCUAGCAGCCAACACUCUCAUAUCGAUCGAUACACUUGAUCGUGCCAGAGUUGGUGAAGACAUUCGAGGUCUGUUACAAAAUCUGGAGGUACAGCCCCCACCAUACCCAUUCGACUCUGUUUGCGAAUUUCUCUCGACUGCACUACGAAUAGCAAAAUCUGAUUCUUCGCUUUACUCCCUCAAUCUCGAGGAUCGGGUGAUUCGAUGGCUUGAAGUAUGGGAUCCUGUGAAUAUUGGUAAAGGCAAGACGAGACUACCUCAGACUUCACCUAGUCAUAUCCUUCAACUCAUCAAUGUCUCGUGUGGGUUGGUGCAUCACGAAAUUUCUUAUCCGAAGACUGACGAAAUGCUUCCCGACUGUCCUAUCGUUACUCGAUACAUGCAUGAGGCUGGGACUCGGAACCUCCGUGACUACAUCUUAGACGGACGAAUCCCACCCAUCGAACAAGUGACACUAUCCUCCCCGUCCCCUGCUUCUAUAAUGAGCGCAAGUCCCGCGUGGUCCCAGAAUGAGUCCCUCUCACCUUUACUCGACCGGCACAUGAAAUGCUCAUCCUUUCUCACCAAUCUGUUACAAACACUUCAUGCCGAUAUCAGCGAUCCAAAUGUGCAUGUAGCAACAUCACCCGAACGGAUACGUCGAGCUGUCGACGUGGUUGUUCUUGCCCUCAGCUUUCAAGCAACUCUCCAAUUGAACGCAUUACAACCUGAUCCAUCUUGUCUUCAAUCAUGUUCGGAGAUCCUCGGCGCUCUUCAACCUCACCUGAAGUCUACCAAUGUGCCCAUUCCUGCUCUCCUACUAGUAUGGUCUGGACUGAAACCUCUUACCACUACCGCAGCCGAAGACCCUGCCGUCACCUGGCCCAUCUUACUCCGACCACAGGAGAUGUCCGGCAUAAGUCUCAACUGUUUGUCCUUGCUCCCUCCCUUGACCCAACGUGAAAUGCAGAAACAGACACAGAUACAACCCACUCAGUUCAGCGGGACCGAGCUAAUCACUCUCCAAAGCGUGAUUUGGAGGAUGGAUGGGGUGCAAAGUCUUCUCAUGGGGUUGCUUGACAUCUGUCAAGAGUUAAUUCAAGAUUAUCGUACCGCCAGUAUCGUCACUCCCAAUGCUGUUGAUACGUCGAACGAGGAUAAUUUUGGCGCCGUCAAGCUCGCCGAUACCGAAGCUAUGCCACCUUCUGCAGAAGCAUUGGAAUGUCAACGUACUUCGACCGCGUUAUUGAAAUGUAUAACCGACUUUCGUUUAGACGGUCUUAAGCUCAACAUUGUCUCUUCUCUUCCGGUGAAAGACCUGGCCCUUCUCAACGCCCUCUUGGCUUCGGAAGGUCCCCGCUUCAUCCAAUUGGGAGAACUCGUCACUGAGGCUGUAUCCAACGGACGACUUCGUCUCACUUUGGACGCCGUCGAUCACAUCCUUGCCGCCAUCGAAGAAGUGUUGACGACUUAUGCGUACAGUCGGGACACACGACUGCUUCAACUCGCCCUCUCCUUCAUCGGCUGUUCUGCUUCAGUAUGGUUAGAAGCCGAUUCCAAAGAUAGUGACAUUGGCGAGCGAUCGAUACAUUUGAUCAAGUUCAUGCAAACUAAAAUCGCCAGAGGUCAGAUACCCGCUUGGCAAACCCGACUUGAACUUUUGAGAUUAUUUGAUCGUUAUGUUGAACUAGACCCAUCUCUUUCAACGUGGCACGAACUCCGACCCGAUAGCAUGGAAGUAGAUGGAUCCACCGACGACACACCCUCAACUUACGCCGCAGACGCACUUGUUGAUAUCGACGCCCGUGUCAGGUUUCGAGCAGCGACUUCAGCCUCAGCCGCAUUACAUCAUUUGAAAGUGGGUCCAUCGAAAGAGAUGCACUAUUAUUUCUCCGCUUUGGGGAAACAACCAGGUUUAAUCUCUCAUUGGAACUCUUUCCUUACUCAUCUUCUCUGGAAACUUAAUUGUUGUCUGUCUUCUUCGACUUUACGACCCGUAGCAUUGUAUCAUUUACUCGAGAUCCCCUUAUCUACAGAAGCUGUCAAUGAACAUAUUCGUAUCGGUUUUCAAAACGUGGCAAAUAGAUUGGGAUUUAAAUCUGUCCCGGAAUUACUCAAACCCUAUGCUUCUAUAACCAUUCAUAGUCUCCUUCAAACUGGUCAAGACGCAUUACGAUUACCUUAUCAUCUAUUCGGCUGGAAAUCACAGAAAGAUCAAGCGACUUGGUGGCUGGAAAUAACAGGUCCGACGAUCAUCGCGAAAGGUAAGGGAGACUAUUAUUCUCACCUGUGUUCAGUAGCGGAAGUCAAUGUGCGACAAACUCUUGAAUGGCAAUUCGACUCCAUUGGGGCUAUCAUAUCCGGUGAGAACGCAUUAAGCGGAAAACCCUUUAAAGCACCUGAUGUCAUACUCUCCCACCUAAAGUCGGUUCUAGAUAAGGGAGUCGGUGGUAAUCUGGAUAUAUUGUGCAAAGGAAAAGAAGAAUUGGUCGUCAUACGAUUGUUCGAUAUCCUAGCUGUGGAACCUGAUGUUGUACAUGCGGUCACAUCCAUGGAGCAAGUAGGACUUGAAGCACAAGUGACCCAGAUUUACUCGGAUCUUCUCGUGCAGGAGAAAGAGAUGGAAGAGAGUGUGACAUUCUUAGAUCCUGCCAUUGAUGUCGUAUCACUCCUACAAUGUCUCCAAGUAUGGCAUCAACAAUUUCCUCGUAUAUCACGCUCAAAGAUCGUCUUCAAUGCCGUUCUUAGUCUGUCCAAAGCCAUUCACUCUUCUCUCCUCGUUCAAGAACAACUUCGAUAUCUUCGAUCUAUCGCCGUGGCCAUUUCAAUCUAUAAUAUCGAAUACAAGAAGUCCGUCAUCCUGGAGAGCUUAAUGAGAGAAAUGAUCCAUCUCUUACCAUUCGAACGCAUUUGGCCUUCGGCUCUUUCAAUCUUCAUAUGGGCGUUCAAUCAGAUCCCACACGUCACCGGUCCCACUCAAGCAUUACCGGACUUGCUCAUCAAUCUUGGUGAGGUCUACUCUUCCAUACUGAAACAAGAAGCCCACGAAGAAUGUCUCGUGGCUAUACGUGAUUGGAUCGGUCAAUCAAUAUCCUCCUGGAAGAAAAUCGGUGUUCUACGUACCUCUUUAGAGAUGGCUCACAUCCUAUGGCCACCUGACUUAGGUGUAACACUUUCAGAUUGGUCCCCUCCCAACUCUGCUGACCUCAUUCAACUCUUAUCAAAUCAAUCGUCCCCUGAUGCUUUGCAGAUCUGUAAACAGUUGGUCGCCACCACCUCGACUCAUAAUCAGUCUUUCAAGACUGACAUAUUUUGGAUCAUCAAGCGUAAUCUACCCAUGGGAACGUACGAACAUGGAGGAACUCUGGCUUUUCUCGAUUUGCUAUAUCACUCUGAAGGUCAAGUUGCCGCUCCUAGUUUAGAUGCCAUCUCAGGUUUGUUACGAGAUCCUAUAAUCGAUACUAUCCGUCAACGAUAUUCUUCCGAACCAUUAACUAUGAUCAAAAUCGUAUUCGUCACUCUGAUAGGUCAACUUCUGCCUUCCAAAAAUGUUGAUCUUCGAGAUACAGCGAUACGAGUGUUGUCGGCAAUGUUACCGCAUAUAUCAGAUGCGGUGGAUCGGAAUCGACUCCCGGGAGAUUUGAACGAUCAAGUCUCACUCCUGAUCCCCUCUCCUCUAUCUCAUCAAACGGAUGAACACAAGAACCUUGGGAUGCUUUCAGAGUCCAACGAUUGGAUCAAGCUUUCCUCUCGGCCAAAUGUCUGGUGUAAGGAGCUGUCCGUGUUCGUAGCUCAAGUAUUAGGAAUAGAAGACAAGAUCUUCCCUUGUAUUGUUCCACUCUUGAAAGCAGAAGGAAGUCAAGUGAAAACAUUCCUGCCAUGGCUAGUGCAAGCUAUCUUGACCCACGUCGCAAAACAUUCUCGAACGACGGAAGAUCAAGUCCAUAUACUCUCUCAGUAUUUCACCGCGGUACUUCAAUCAUCUAUGGUGGCAACAGAAACCAUAGAAAUGAUAUUAAACGUUAUUCUACAUCUCCGACAUUCUCGUCCUCCGUAUCGUAAAGAUCCAUUGUCAUUUGCUUCAUGGCUUAAAAUCGAUCCCAUAUUACUUAGCGAAGCCGCUAUCAAGUGUGGAGCAUAUACCACUGCUCUCAUGUUCCUCGAGUCUUCGUUGGAUGAUUCUUCGGUCAAUCUUGACCUCACAAGUCAACGAGUACAAAAAAUAAUGUACGAAAUCUACAGCAAUGUCGAAGAUCCCGAUGGUUUCUACGGUAUCCAAGCUACAGAUCUUGAAAGUGCCUUGAUACGUCGAUUGGAACAUGAAGGAGAACACUGGCGAGCAUUCGGUAUCAAUGGUGCAAAUUACCAAGCUUCCAUAGGAUCUAACCUACAAUCCCAAUCAAGACCUCUGAACAUUAUCAACAAUCUACAUGAUAUAGGAUUCGAUUCAUUGGCUUCUGAUAUUCUUGCCACCUCACGUAAAUCUACCAAAACUCCCGGCUCUGACUCUCUUGGUUUGGAGCUGGCUUGGCGUACUGGUGAUUGGAAUUUACCUCUCGAAUCUGACAAGACUGCCGAAAGAGCGUUCUACAAAGCAUUGAGGGCCGUUCAUCGGGAUAGAGACCUCGCAGCUGCUACAAAAGCCGUUCAGGAAGCUUUGACUGAUGGUAUGACGCAAUUACGUGGAUUGGGAAUGGAAAGAAUGGCACAAGUGAAGCAAACAACCAACAAUCUUUUAUGUUUGAGAGAAAUAGCUCAUUGGCUCGAACCUGCCACUCAAAAAGCUUUGGCGGAAGGUGAUUCAGAAAGCUCUGUCCUUACUGGUCUCACCGUCCUUCCCUCCGUCUUUGGCUUUCGAGAGUGUGAAAGACUCAUGUCUACUCGUUUGUCGUUGAUCUCCGCUGCUAAAUCUCGUGAGAACCAACAAUUGUUUGGAGAUCUUACCAACCCACAAUUCGACACACUUCGACAAUUGGAGAAAUCCUGUCGGAUCCGUCUGAGUGAGAUGGCGAGGGAAGAUGGGAAUCGUCAAGCUGCCAUGAACACCAUAACCGCCGUCAGACAUCUCGAGAAGGAUCAAACACCUUCGACAUCUGCAGAUGAUGAAUUCGGACAUGUUUUGUGGUCCAUGGGCGAAUAUGCUUUGGCGACUAGACAUACGGAACAAAUGGCAAAAGUCAUCAAACCUGAAGGAGGUCGUGAGACCCGUUUGGCAGUGUUGAUGGGUAGAAUAGCUCAUUGGAGUUCUGUCGCACAGAUGAAACCUGCUCAAGAUGUCAAAGCGUUGUUCGAGGAAGCAUGCUCUUUGGCUACACGACAUCAUCUAGACGAGAAAGAAACCGCUAGACUGAGUCACGAAUACGCUUGUUUCGCACAUCGACAAUACAUAUCUCAUCAUACUUCCUCUGAACUUGAAAGAUUACGUAUCUACGCUAAAACCAACCCUUCCGUCGCUGAAUUAUCCGCCACAUUGGCCAAGUCAUCCAAAGGGAAACAUUCAUCUUCCAGUGCAUUAGAAGCGCGUAUUAAAGAAGCUCAAGAAGAUGAAGCUGCUUUAGAAGCGUUACAAACUGAAAUCCGAACUUAUGUCAAGACGGCACUACGAAUGUUCGCAUCGGCUUUAACGAAUUCUAAUGAAUUUGAUGAUUCCAUGACACGUUUAUGUUCACUUUGGUUAGAACAUGAUGGAGAUGAAGAAGUGAAUAAAACUUUCGCUUUCAGUUUAAAUCGAAUACCUUCUCAUAAAUUUAUAUUCUUAGGACCUCAAUUAUCAGCCAGACUUAAUCGACCUAAAUCACCAACCAAUUUCAAUAAUUCUUUGAAUAAUCUGGUAACGAGAAUAGCAAUGGAACAUCCAUUUCAUAUCUUAUAUCAAAUUAUAACUCUUGCCAAUGGUGUAAAACCUUCAAAAUCUGGACCUCGUCAAUCGGAUAUAGGAGCAGAAGGUCGUGGUCCUGCAGCAGUACAAGUUUUACAACAAAUAUCAGCGACAGAUGAUACUACUACUCAUCCUCUGGCGAAAAUGGCAAUUGUUCAAAUGAAAGUAUUUGCAGAUGCUGCUGUACCUUGGUGUUUAUAUAAAGAACCGGCAGAUGUGAAAAGUACGAAAGAAGGUGAAUAUGGACUUCCACAAGGUUGUCCUUUGGAUGGUUUGGUAAAGGUUAAUAUACCAAUACCUACUAUAGUACCUGUUGUUGAUCAAACGGGAAAAUAUGGGGACGUACCGACUUUGAUAAGGUAUAGAAAGAGAUAUAGACUUUUGGGUGGGAUACAUAGACCUAAACGAAUGACUUGCUUGGAUUCUUUAGGGAAACAGCAUUAUCAGUUGUUCAAAGGUGAAGAUGAAGUACGACAAGACGCCGUAAUGGAACAAGUCUUCGAAAUGACAAACGAUUUACUAGCUAGGGAUAGGAAAACGAAAAGUCGGAAUUUAAGAUUCAGAACUUAUAAUGUCAUACCGCUUUGGAACAGGACAGGAGUGAUAGAGUUCGUUUCGAAUGGUCAGGCGAUAGGAGAUUGGUUAAAGCCAGCUCAUGAGAGAUACCGCAAAGAUAUCGAUCAUUCCCCUGACAGCAUGCGAAAACAGCUGCACACGGUACAAGAACGUGAUUUUAAUUCUCCCAAAAUGACAGAAGUCUAUCGCAAGUUGAUCAGUCAAUUCCGACCUGUCAUGAGACAUUUCUUCACUGAACGACAUAAAGAUCCCAUGGCUUGGUUUGCUAUGCGAUUGAAUUAUUCCCGCUCUGUCGCUGUGACCUCCAUGGUGGGACAUGUAUUGGGUAUAGGAGAUCGACAUUGUUCUAAUAUCCUCAUUGAUCAGGUACAAGGAGAGUUGGUACAUAUUGACUUUGGUAUUGUGUUUGAGGAGGGAAGAAGGUUACGAAUUCCCGAAAAGGUCCCAUUUAGAUUGACAAACGAUAUAGUUGAUGGAUUCGGCAUUACAGGUGUUGAAGGGACAUUCAGACGAUGUUCGGAACAUACUCUGAGAGUGAUGAGAGAAUCAAGUGAUUUGAUCUUGACAGUGUUAGAAGUUUUCAAGCAUGAUCCGCUUUAUGCUUGGACGGCAGAUUCUGAAAAAUUACAGAGAGCUCAAGGAGGACGUAAAGCCGAUAUUGGUAGAAAUUCCAUAACAGCGCAAGAUAAAGCAGAUAGGAUAUUAGCUAGGGUCAGAAAUAAAUUGAGACAAGAUUCAAGUGUGGAAUAUAGUGUUAAUCAAUUGAUACAAGAAGCGAGGGAUGUAGAGAAUUUGUCGAAAAUCUUUGUUGGUUGGCAACCGUGGUUGUAG